UAGUGGAUGGGGUUAAUGAAUAAUUCUUAGGUGUUUGUCCUUGCAUUUUAAGUAAAAUGUCCGCAGACGUGUCUUAUGUGUCGGUUUGCCAUUUCACGAGUGACGCUUUAAACAUACUGAAUCGUCUGAAUACAAGAAGAUUAUUCCCCAGUACUGGACCGGGUAAACUGCCCAGGGAUUGGAGAGGCCUAGCCAAUCUAAUAGGAAUAACGGCCCAAGAUGCAGAAAGCAGACAUGAGAACAUGCUGAAUUGGAUUCUGGAGACAUGGCUCCGGAACGAAAAGGAGGCAGCGGUGGUGCACCACCUGUUCCGGCACCUGGAGACCAUUGACAGAUAUGACAUCAGGGAUGAUCUGCAGAACCUGGCCAAUGCUAACAGACUUGUCAACACGGAACAAAAAUGGACCAUAGAGAACCAAAUGGUGCCCCACUGUCCUGUUCCCGAGAACGACCAACUGUUAACUAUGGACGAUGUGGACCAGGGCGCUCCGGUGGAGUAUGACGCGCUGGUGCUCUACGCUGCCGACGACCAAGAUUUUGUGGAUCUUAUGAUCAGUAAUAUGUCGGAGAUUGGAUUCAAAUUGUUCACAAAGCACAGCCUGAGGCCAGGAGCGAUCCCCUACGGGCCCAUGACGGAGCUGAUCAGCUCGCGGUGUCGCCACACGAUCCUCAUCUACUCCCCCGCCUUCUUCAAGAGUCUGGACGAUCGCUUCUACACGGAGUAUGUCCACGCCAGGAACAUAGAGAAGAAGCACACCCUCAUCCCGUGCGUGUACCGCGCGUGCACGCUGCCGCCGCAGUGCCGCUACAUAUUCGCGCUGUACGUCAACUCCACGGCGUACAACUUCUGGGACCGCCUCGCCAGGUCGGUCGACGCCGGACGGACGCCUAGGCUACUCCCCCCAAUCCCCACAAACUCAGUGCGAAUCCAGGAGGUGACCAGCGGCAGCCAGCUCAGGCUCAACGGUAGCCAGCUGCAGAUCACCAAUGGCCCCGUCCCCAACGGAGUACCCACCAUCCAGGUCAACGGUCAGCCUAGCCAGUAUGCGACUCAACCUAGCAGCCAUACCCAAGCUAGUCUCCCUCCACUAGGCUGUGUGUCUCAACAUACUACCACUACUAAUAUAGCUUUACCAGAUGUACCGUCAACUAGCCUAUCUGUUUCUGUGACAUCUCUGUCUUCGCUGGACUCACGGAGAACGGAAAGUGCGUCUCUCAACGAUUUAAGCACGAAAAAAAAGAAAAAGAGUUUUUUGAAAAAGUUGUUAAAGUUUCCUAGAAAGAAGAAGGAAGUGUUGCUCACUACGAAUUGAGCGCUUGGACUGUGUGUUAGGUUAACAUUUUGUCGGCA